UGUUGUUCCGCGCCUCUCUACUGCUUACCUAUCGUCCCGAAGUUCCUUGCAAAGAGCCCCACAAAUAAUCUAGCCUACGGCACCUCGAGGAAACGUUAAAGAACAGACUUGUCCUACCUCAAGCGGACAUCCGAUUUGCAGCGAGCUUUCAACAUUGACCAUGGCGGACCAUCAAAACGAAAUUGAGACCUUCGGCAGCAACGACGACUUCUGGAUCUUUGGAUAUGGGAGCUUGAUAUGGAAACCACCGCCACACUACGAUCAGCGAAUUCCAGGAUACAUUGAAGGAUAUGUGAGGAGAUUUUGGCAGGCGAGUGAAGAUCACCGCGGAACGCCCGAAGCCCCGGGACGUGUUGUCACGUUGAUUGAUAAAGCGCAUUGGGAGACUUUAACGGAUACUCAUGCGUCCACCGAACGCGUCUGGGGCGCCGCAUACCACAUUCCGGCCUCCAAAGUCCAAGAAGUACGCCAGUAUCUGGACAUCCGCGAGAUAAACGGGUAUUCGAUCCAGUUCACACCAUUCCAUCCUGCAAUCAGUACCUCAGAGGUCACGUCUCCGCCACACGACUCGGAGCCGACUGAAGCCGAAGCAGGCAUGCGAGCUGGCAUCAAGGCCACCAACACCAUCGCCGUGAGAGAGGAGGCGGGAAGUGUUAGAUGUUUGGUGUAUAUUGGGUUGCCGGAGAAUCCGCAGUUUUUGGGUGCGCAGGAUCCGGGUGCGUUGGCGAGGAAGAUUUUGGAGAGCAAAGGUCCGAGUGGCGAGAACAAAGAGUACCUUUACAACCUUGAGACCGCACUGCUUGGUUUGAGCUACAAUAGCGGAGAUGCUCACGUGAGCGACCUAGUAAGACGGUGCAAAGCAUUAGAGAAGGAAGCUGGGAUCGGGAGCGAUCACGAAGACGGUGGCGCUGAAGGGCUGUACAGAGUAGGAAGUACAGAAGAACAAGAGGAGGUCGAAAAAUAAACCUGGAAUGCAACGGACAAGUCCGUAAUGUCACAUCGCAUGUGGCGAUACGCAUAUGAACAACAAGAUCAAGCCAACCGAGGCUUCUGCGAAAGUCACUGGUGAUUAUGAUUACGAAGCAGGCUAGCCUGCAUGUGACCAGCCAUAACGCCAGAUAUAUGCAUGAUGCGCUUAGUAUAUACAAGAAGAGAACGUUGGGA